AUGUUUGAGAUGAAGAGAGCAAUUGACGCUUUAGUUGUUUUAGCUGGUUUUAUUUCAAUGUAUAACGCAAAAAUGAACCCGCAAUGUUCUAAAUGUAAAGCAGCAAUGAGGAAAUAUAACUACUCCGUCAAAGAGAUAGAACGUAUGAGAAACGACUAUGCAGACUUAAAGAAAGAAGCAGAAAAACCAGCAGAAGAUAAAAUGGACAUGUUAGAAUUUCUGAACAAAAACUAUCCAACUGCUGACGAUUUCCUUCUAUCUGAUGUCAAGAAGAAAUAUAAAGAGACUUUCGGCAUAGUUAAAACAUUCGAUGUACUAAAAGAAGAAAUAGAAGCUACAAAACUGUUUAAAGUCUCACGAAUUCAUAACGUUUACCAUGUAAAACGCUUAUAA